UUCGUAUUUAUGUCUUAUUGUAUUUCGACGUCUGCCGCUCGGUAUCGAACAUAAAAUUUAAUUUAUCAAUCAUAUAAUUGUCUCGUUUUUUUCAAUAUCGUGCAAAUGUGUUAAUUAAGUACCCUAUAAACUCACUAAUGUGUAUUUAGACACAAUUUUUUUAAACUAAUGUCAAUUUAAAUCGGUACUUCGUAUUGUUGUAUAUACGUCGACUUUUCAUUCCGACAACGAAUAUAGAGUAAUGGACGACGUCAAUUUUACCGACGGUGGGCGUUCAGAAUUUUUUGAAACCGACUGUGACGACCACGUACACCGGUCGUUAUCGACAAUAGCGGACACGCUGGACUUGGCAGUGUGCCAACCGGCGACGGCGGUGCAAUCGCGCCCGCUGGAACGGUUGAGCGGACGAUGGACGUUUCGGUCGAUGCCGCAGGACGUCAAUCUGACGGCGUACGGCAGACAGUUUUCCGACGAGUGGCCGUCGUUUCACGUGGAAAUGGAGUGCGACAUCGUGGAUGCGACUACCGCCGCCAAGGACCUUGUUGACAAGGAGACGACACAGACGCCGGACGGCGGCAUACGGUCGCCUGGGGCCGAUGCGAAGGAUUCGACAGCCCCGAGUCACCACCCGAACGUGUUCGUCAGACAGUGCGUCACUUACGCCGGACGUGUCUUUACUUGGGAUUUCUAUAGAACCGUGUGCUUGUACUUUUUACCAAUCUUCAGGUUCCGGAACCGUAGGUAAUCGACGUGGACGACAAUAGGACUUGUAGGUAUAGGUUGUAGGUACCUAAUAAUAACAUGGUCAUACUCAUGAUGAACUCGUGAAUCAUGAAUUAUUAUUGGACGAGUUCAUAAACCUUAUUAAUAUAGUAUAAGAUCUAUGCACUAUGGAUGAGUUGCAGUGUUUGUAAUUUGAACUGUGCUCGCCCACUCGACUGUUUAUCAUUAUGAUAUUUAUCUAUAACAAAUUAAUUUAUAGUACCUAUUUCACUAUUGCUGUUGUGGCAUAAUGUCAUUAUUAAGUAUAUCCAGAUUGAAAUACAUGUGUGACAUUUGUGAAGAUUGAAUUAUCUAUUAUUUAUAGAUCAUCAUUCAACAACAUUUAAAAUACCUUAAUUAAUAAG